AACCAUGAGGACGCGAGUAGAGUGCAUGCAUGCAGGCCUUGGAUUGGAAAACACAGGGGAAUAAUGACUAUAUCUGGCUGGAUUCAUUCAAACGCUACCGAACCUUACGGAUAGGAAACUUACUUGACGCGAGUAAACUCUUCACGAAUUAUUGAACUGUGAAAAGAGCCGUCACACGUAAUCUAUGUACUGAUAUCCGCUUGUGCAGUUCAUGGGCUUCUUGGAGAAAGAGUUUUAAUUCCUUGAUGGAGAAUAUUUUAUCUUGUGCAUUUGUUUUGUAUCGGGAUGGGUGAUCACAAACACGAAGCCAUAGACACGCUACAAAAACGAGCACAAGAGCUGUUUAGUCUCUGUGAUCAAGAAAAGAAAGGUUUCAUAACACAAAACGACCUCGUACAGGUCAUCUCAGAGCUUGAAUUACCACUAGACUCUAAACAAGUUGAACAAGCCUUCGGCAAGCUUGAUAACGACCAAAAUGGUUACCUAACUCUUGAAGAAUUCACUGAAGGUUUUGGGCUGUUUUUAGGGUUGGAUCUGGAUGACAAUGCCAACCCAGAGUUAGAAGAGAUCGCAACAAGUGACCCGGGCCGGGAAUUAUUUUACCUCUGCGAUACUGACCGGAAAGGAUACAUAACCAAGACUGAUUUACAAAGAGUUGCAAUAGACUUGAAUUUAAAUUUUGAUCAGUUAGAUUUGAUUUUUGAUAAACUUGAUCAAGACAGCAAUGGUAGGCUCACUUUGGAAGAGUUUGCAGACGGUUUUGGAAAUUUUCUUCGAGGUGUUGAAACAGGAGAAAGCAAUGGAUUGAUUGAACAACAUGACAUUGAAGUYGAGUUGAUCGAACCCGAACCGGCUAAAGAUGUUUUUGAAAGUAGCCAUACAUUUGACUCUUCUUCUAACACAAAAGAAGACGCUGUAUUCAGAGAGGUUGUCGAGAGCAUUGGAGAAGAAGUGUUUUCAGGAGCUUUGUCAAAAGAUCAACUAAGAGAAUUGUGGGAAUCCCUUCAAAACAAUGACUCUAGAGCGAUACACAAAUUUGAAGAUUUCCUGAGUAAAGUUUCAACUGAGAUCAAAAGAGCUCGAAAUGAUUCUGAGCAGCUGGAGAAUGCCUUGAAAAGUAAAAUGAAUUCUCAUGAUAGAGAAGUUCAAAAAUUGUAUGAAGAAAUGGAACAGCAGAUAAAAUCUGUCAAAGACCGCUAUGAACAAGAGCAAGACAAGAGAGAAAAGGCUUUAAAGGGAGAAUUGAUGAGUGAGCUGGAAAGAAAAGAGAUGGAGAUACAGUGGAUGCUAAACAAACAGAAAAAGCUCGAAGAAUUGAUAUCAGAAAAAGAGCAAUACCAAACGCAAAUUAAGAGUCAAAAUGAAAUGCUUGUACAGAAAAACAUGAGUCUGGAAGGCCAGUUAACGGAUUCUGUGAUGUCACUAGAAGACACAAGAAGCUAUGUGCACCAGCUGCAGGCAAUGACAGCAGAAGAAAAGGAAGAAAGAGCAAGACAAGCAAUGAAGAUGACAGAAGGAAUGAAAAUUGAACAAGAAAGUCUUAUUAAACAGCUUGAUCUACUAAGAGAUGUGAAUCAAAAAUUACGGGACGACAGGGAUUCGAUAGAAGCUGCUCACAAAGCGAUGCUAAUGACAAAACGAGAUCGGGGACACAGUCUAAGCGAUGAAAUAGAAGAAGCUGAGAACAAGCACAAAAAGGUGAAUAGACAAGGGUCCAAGAUGUCGAGUUAUUUUGACGGUCCGUCUAAAGAGACACCUGAAUGGGGUCAUCAAGGUGCAUUCGAGUCCAUCGAAGAGGGUAGACAACACGAUGGAUCCAGGUCCAGUGGCGAGUUAAAGCGACGAAGAUCCUCUAAACGAAGCAAGAAAGUAAAGAAACAAGGUGCUGUGGCCGGACCAAACUUUUUCAGCGCCACUGGCUUAAGUUCUUCAGACCUGACUAUGGCACCCUCGAUGAACCAUGAAGUAGAGUUUGAUGGUGACGUGGAACUGGGGAAAAUAGCCGAAGAUAAACCGUCCACGCCCAUCUGGGCAUCCAAGAUAAUGGCGGCUUACGAAAAAGCAGAAGAAAAAAAGAAGGAAGAAGGAGCUAAAGGAGCAGCCACGGAAACUGAAGAGUUCAGACAAAGAAAAGCAGAAUUAUUGGCAGCAGAAGAAAGAAGCUCUGAAGGAGAAGGAAGUCAUCCAUCAGCGUAUUCUUCUGAAGAGUACAGUGGAAGUGAUCGAGAAGAAAGACCAAGGUUCCCACGUACCGCUCCUGUAGGAAAGGACGACGAAAGUACACACACUGAGUCUGCUAGUGGAAGUUCCGCUGCCCUAGAAGUAUGGAAGGCGCCUACACCAGUCAGAGUAUUCAAGAUAGUGUUUGUUGGAGACUCGGGUGUCGGGAAAUCCAGUUUCAUUCACAGAUUUUGUCAUGACCAAUGGAAACCUUCCUUCACUGCGACUAUUGGUGUCGAUUUUCAAAUCAAAAAUAUGACGGUCGGAGGUCGAAGUAUCGUGAUUCAAUUGUGGGACACCGCUGGUCAAGAAAGGUUCCGCAGCAUCACGAAACAAUACUUUCGCAAGGCCGAUGGGAUACUAGUAUUCUAUGACGUCACAGCUGAAUCAUCGUUUAUCAAUCUGAAGAGUUGGAUGGCUAGUGUCGAAGAAGGUGCAGAAGAAAAGGCGACGCUAAUGAUUGUAGGAAACAAGGUUGACUUAUCUGAAGAUAGUAAUAUGAGAGCAGUCAAGACUGAGAACGGAGAAUAUCUUGCAAAGAACUAUAACGCCCUUUACAUGGAAACAAGUGCUAAAACAGGAUACAAUAUAAAUGAAGCUAUGAACAAGAUGGCCGAGGUUUUACAAGAACGAGAAGACGAAAUGAUGCAAAGUGUUUUAAACCUCGUUAAUGUGCAUCAAACAAAAAAGAAAAAAUGCUGUAAAUCCUGAUAUUUGGUCACCCUGUGUCUCUUAGAUAGAGAUUUAUUAGUUAAUAUCAAUUUUUAAAGCCGUCUUUUGAUAAACAACCAAUCAAGAAACGACAGUUUUUUAACCGAUAGGCUUUGCGAAUGACGUUGUUUACAAACAACUGUUCUUGAUCCUUUGCGAAAAUUCUAACAAAGUCUACAAAAUCUUUUUUAUCUUCAGUUCAUGAAUUUCGCAUUGAAUAAGCAUAAUUAUAAAGAAGUAAAACGACAAACUGUUGCUAUGGGUACGUAAUAACGCUACAAAACAUAAGACAAAGCAAUACUGAGUGUGAUACCAAAUAAGGCUAAAAAAGGAUGUGUAUGCAUACGUGAUCUUUAUUGUAUUUAUUGAUUAUUUUAGUGUAAUUUGGACUAAGUGUAACAGGCAAACACCAGUCAAUGCAUCAAUUCGUUUCUUCAUUUUACACCGAUCAUAAGGCGUUUUUAUUAAUUCAUACUUCGUAGUUAUUAAUUUAUUAUUAAUAUAUUAUGGUCAUUAGCACUGCAGCUUACUCAAGUCGUAAAACGGAAACAAGCUCGACAAAUUACAUUUUCGGAAACUGACAGUAUCGUUCCUUUAAAACUGUAAUCCUACUUUAAUCUCUGUCUGUCGGCCAUGGAAAAGUUUUCCAAAAGUGACACAAGACAUUAAUUUAUAUAAAUAACGAACUAUCAUGACAACGAGUUGUUAUGGCCUUGGUUACACAUGUUGAAUUACCAAUAUAUAUAUAUAUAUAAUCAUUAUAUUAUAUAUAUAUAUAUAGGCAUUUAUAGUAUUCAGUUAUUUAAUCACAAAUUAUCUAAUAGCAAUCAAAUGUGAAAUUAAACAAAAAUUAAUAA